AUGGUAUCCCCAUCCAAAGCCCUCGAUAUCUUCCGCCGCCUCAUCGGCCCCUUCCACCUCCUCCUAGUCUCCCUGUCCUUCCUCCCCGGCACCAUCAUAUCUCUCCUGCAUCCGCUGCAACUUCGCACUCUUCUCUCGCCAAGACGUCUUCAGUCGGCGUGGUUCGCACGUUUCUGGAGCCGCGUCGGGACGGACAUCCGCACCAACCUCAGGCCCCGCGUCGGCCCCCUCAUCGCGCAAGCGCACGGUGUGGUGCUUGAUAUCGGGCCUGGAAGUGGAGAGUGGCUUUCUUGUUUUGAUAAGAGUAAGGUGGAGAGGAUCUACGGGGUUGAGCCGAAUGUGGGUUGUCAUGGGAAGCUGAGGGAGAAGGUUAAGGAGGCGGGGCUGGAGGGCGUUUAUGUCGUUGUUCCUGUGGGCGUGGAGGAGAUUGGGAAAUGGAUUAAGAAAGGAGGGGAGGGGAAAAGUGGAUUGGGGAAGGGAGAUGUGGAUAGUGUUGUUACAGUUUUCUGUUUGUGUAGUGUGAGUCAGCCGAAGAGGAUGAUUGGGGAGUUGUGUGGAUAUUUGAAGGAUGGGGGAAAUUGGAUUGUCUUUGAGCAUGUUGUUACGAAGGAGAAGGGAUUUAUUGCUUGGUAUCAAGCGUUUGUGGAUUUGUUCUGGCCGCAUUUCAUCGGUGGCUGCUCGAUCACGAGGGACACUGUUAGAUGGUUGAAGGAAGCUGGAAGCUGGUCGAAGGUGGAUUUGGUGCAGCCGGAGGAUGAGCCACCUUAUCAAAUUAUUCCUCAUAUUAUGGGUGUGUUGACGAAGUGA